AUGUUAUUUCCUUUUUUUGCUGCAGCAGUUUUUCUUGUAGCCACUGUCUCAGCUAACCUGCGUAGAUAUGAAUAUAUUAAACAAUUUAAGAUAGAGCGGCCACAGAAGCCUCAGCAAGUUCGCUACGACCCCACCUGGGCAUCCCUGGACACAAGGCCUAUCCCUCAGUGGUUUGAUGAUGCAAAGUUUGGUAUCUUUCUCCACUGGGGCGUCUUCUCAGUGCCAAGUUACAAGGGUGCUUGGUUCUGGGAUUUCUGGAAGGGACCUCAGCCACAACUGGACGUCGUCCAGUUCAUGCAGGCAAACUACAGACCAGAUUUCACCUAUGCUGAUUUUGCUUCCAUGUUCACAGCUGAAUUUUAUGAUCCAAAUUAUUGGGCAGACAUCUUUUCAUCAGCUGGUGCAAAGUAUGUAGUCUUAACAACGAAACAUCAUGAGGGAUUCUGUAACUGGCCAUCUAAGUACUCAUGGAAUUGGAAUGCUGGGGAUGUGGGACCCAAACAGGACCUUGUAGGUAACCUUGCAAAUGCUGUACGCCAGAAGGGAUUAGCUUUUGGUACUUACCACUCUCUGUUUGAGUUUUUCAACCCUUUGUUUCUGAGAGAUCAGGCAAACAAUUUCACCACUCAAGACUUUGUCAGGGAAAAGACCAUGCCUGAGCUGUAUGAACUGGUCAACACUUACCAGCCAGACAUUAUCUGGUCAGAUGGGGAGUGGAUGGCACCUUCCUCUUACUGGAACUCCACAAACUUCCUAGCUUGGCUGUACAAUGACAGUCCAGUGAAAGAUAAAGUUGUGACUAACGACAGAUGGGGUUCAGAAACAAUGUGCAAACAUGGCGGUUACUACACCUGUUCAGAUAAUUUCAAUCCUAAAACAUUGCAGCAACACAAGUUUGAGGAUCCUACCACCGUGGACAAGCUUGCAUGGACAUUCAGGCGAAAUCUGAAACUUGAAGAUGUCCACACAAUGGAGGAGAUUAUCGCAAUUCUUGCUCAAGUUGUCAGCUGCGGAGGAAACUUGUUGCUCAAUGUUGGCCCGACCAAGGAGGGAACCAUUCCACCGGUGUUUGAGGAGCGUUUGAGACAGACAGGGCAGUGGCUUUCUGUGAACGGUGAAGCGAUAUACGCCACAAAGCCAUGGACACACCAGAAUGACAGCGCCACUCCUGAUGUUUGGUACACAAGCACAAGAGCAGACAAUGGAACUGUGAUCAAUGUCUAUGCCAUUGUUCUCACCUGGCCAGAAUCCUCCAACCUGACACUGGCCAGUCCCGUGACGACAGCCAGCACAACGGUCACCAUGCUGGGAUACAACACCCCCUUCUCGUGGUCCCCUCUGCCAAACUCUGGCCUGCAGAUUCAGAUCCCAGCUAUCCCUUUCAAUCAGUUGCCAUCUAAAUGGGCCUGGGUUUUCAAGCUGACUGGUAUAAGCAAUUAA